AUGCCAAUGCUCAAAGAUCCCUCGACAAAGUACAAGAGGUUCCAGCCAAUUCAGCUUCCGAACCGGACAUGGCCUAACAAGACGAUCGAUAAACCUCCAAGAUGGCUGGCCACCGAUCUCAGAGACGGGAACCAGAGCUUGGUCGACCCUAUGGAUGGCGACCAAAAACACAGGUAUUUCAGAAUGCUCGUCGAGCUCGGCUAUAAAGAGAUUGAAAUCUCAUUCCCCUCCGCCUCCGAAACAGACUUUGACUUUACUCGACGUUUGAUUGAUAUGCCUGGAGAGGUCCCCGAUGACGUCUGGCUCCAAGUUCUGUGUCCUUGCCGUGAAGACUUCAUCCGCCGCACCGUGGAUUCCCUCAAGGGAGCCAAAAAAGCAAUUCUUCAUUUAUAUCUUGCUACGAGCGAAUGUUUCCGGAGGAUUGUGUUUGGUAUGACCAAAGAGCAGAGCAUUGAAUUGGCGGUGAAAUGUACGAAAUAUGCGCGUUCCAUAACAAAGGACGAUCCAUCGACGGCGGGCACGGAGUGGCGCUACGAGUUCUCUCCCGAAACAUUCUCUGAUACUGAUCCCGAGUUUGUGAUCGAGAUUUGCGAGGCUGUCAAGGCGGCCUGGGAGCCAACAGUCGAAGAACAAAUCAUUUUCAAUCUCCCUGCUACCGUCGAAAUGUCAACGCCAAACGUCUACGCAGACCAGAUCGAAUAUUUCUGUACACAUAUCUCCGAAAGAGAGAAAGUCUGUGUUUCCCUUCACCCGCAUAAUGACCGCGGUUGUGCCGUUGCCGCCGCGGAACUCGCCCAAAUGGCUGGCGCCGACCGUGUUGAAGGCACCCUCUUCGGCAAUGGAGAAAGAACCGGCAAUGUUGACCUGGUCACCCUUGCUCUGAAUCUCUACACCCAAGGUAUCCACCCGAAUAUUGAUUUCUCGGAUAUCAACUCUGUGAUUAGGGUCGUGGAAGAAAGCAACAAAAUUCCAGUUAAUGAAAGAUGGCCGUAUGGCGGCCAGCUUGUGGUUUGUGCAUUCAGCGGUAGCCAUCAAGAUGCUAUCAAGAAAGGAUUCAAAGAAAGAGCAGCAAGCGGUCUCAAAUCCGAAGACCGCUGGCAGAUGCCAUAUCUUCCGCUGGAUCCAGAAGACAUUGGUCGCAAUUAUGAAGCCAUUAUCCGCGUCAACUCUCAAAGUGGCAAGGGUGGGGUUGCUUGGAUCAUUCUGCGCAUGCUGGAGCUGGAUCUACCUCGAGGAUUACAAGUCGCCUUUAGCAAGAUUGUCCAAAGGGAUGCGGACAGACUGGGCCGUGAGCUCAAGCCAACUGAGAUUGUUUCCCUCUUUGAAGAGGCAUACCAUCUGAAGACGAAUCCUCGGUUUUCUUUGAUAGAUUACAAUAUCACAACAGACCGGUCCCAGACCCCUGCCCCUCCCGAGCCAGGAAAGGCUCUUAGCACAGAGAACCUCAAGAGAAGGUUCACGGGCAUCAUCGAAAUUGAUAGUAUUCAACAUGGAAUUGUUGGUGUCGGCAACGGUGCUAUCUCUUCUCUGGCAAAUGCCCUGAAGUCUCUUGGUAUCGACCUGGACGUCGUAGACUACAAGGAACACGCAAUGGGAAGCGACCGUGACACCAAAGCUGCCACUUUCAUUGAGUGCGUUGCUGCUGGAUCCGACCAAAAGGUUUGGGGCGUGGGCAUUCAUCACGAUGUCGUCCAGGCGAGUUUGACCGCGCUCCUGAGCGCUGCAAGCUCGUUCCUUUCAUCUCGUGCUCCAACACCCUUCCGCCCGGCAUUGGAAAAGCUCAACGGUGCGAUGAUGGACCCUAAGGACUUUGCGCAUGGCGUGGUUAAUGCAAUCCAGCAACAAAAGGUGGACAUAGACGCCUUGGAAGCAGCGGCAAACAAAAUUUAG